AUGUCCGCGAAGACCAUUGCUGUGCUCGACGAGUCCGAAUUGAAGGACGGAGAUAUGAAACAAGUUGACUUUGAGGGUGAAGGGAAGAUCCUUCUCUCACGCUUGGGUGAUAAGAUCCACGCAACCAGUGCAUUCUGCACUCACUACGGUGCCCCUUUGGCGAAGGGUGUGCUCACCGCAGAUGGUAGAGUUGUCUGCCCAUGGCACGGUGCAUGCUUUAACGUAUGCACCGGUGACAUCGAGGACGCGCCCGCUCCCGCUGCUCUUCAUUUGUUCAAGGCUCACGUCUCUGGGGGCAAGAUCCACGUGACCGCGGAUCCAUCCAGCACUGUCAAAGCCAAUCUUGCUCGCCAGCCCAAGAUUGUCACCAGCCUAAGCCAGGGAAAGGGCGUGGUAAUUGUCGGUGGUGGCAGUGGUACCUACCACUGCAUCGAAAGCUUGCGCGAAUUUGGAUACAGUGGUCCUAUCACGGUAAUAUCCAAGGAACCACACAGUCCCAUAGAUAGAACCAAGCUGAGCAAAGCACUCCUGACAGACCCGUCCAAGCUGGAAUGGCGCUCUGUUGCAGAACUGACAGAGAAAUACGGCGUUAAUUUCCGCCUGAACACGGAAGUUACUGAUAUCGACUCCGCGACCAAUGAAGUCGUGAUUGGAGGCAACGAGCGCGUUCCGUACGAGACGCUUGUGCUCGCGACUGGUGGCGUCCCGAGGAGACUACCUAUCGAGGGAAGGGACCUGUCCAACGUUUUCACAAUGAGAGGAAUUGCGGAUACCAAGAAAAUCGAUGCCGCCGUUCAGGGGGGUAAACGCCUGGUCGUCAUUGGUUCCUCUUUCAUCAGCAUGGAGCUGGUCGUAGCGGUCGCCAGUCGCAAGCUCGCGUCGAUUGAUGUAAUCGGCCAGGAAGAGGUUCCAUUCGAAACUAUACUGGGCAAGCGAAUUGGCAACGGGCUCCAGAAGUUCCAUCAGUCGAAGGGAGUGAAAUUCCACAUGCAGUCACAGGUUGAGAAGAUCGUCGCAUCGCGGUCGGACCCGUCAAAGGCUGAGGCCGUGAUCGUCAAGUCGAGCUCUGGCGAAACCACCACUCUAUCAGCCGAUGUGGUCAUUAUGGGUGUCGGCGUUGCUCCCGCCACUGAGUACUUGAAAUCGAGCAAGGGCUUCGAGAAGGCGCUUGACAAGAGUGGUGCAGUGCUCGUCGACGAGUACCUACGCGUCAAGGGCGUAAACGACGUCUUUGCUAUUGGUGACAUUGCCAUGUACCCACAACCUGGAACCGGAGAGUUGAGGAGAGUUGAGCAUUGGAAUGUUGCAGGGAACCAAGGGCGUGCCGCUGGCAAGACCAUUUCAGGGGCAGAACCGCAGCCGUUCGUGAAGGUUCCCAUAUUCUGGAGCGCCCAGGGCCAACAAUUGCGCUACUGCGGCGUAGGUUCAGGCUUCGAUGAUGUCAUCAUCGACGGGAACCCAGACGAGAUGAAGUUCAUUGCGUACUACGUGAAGAAUGACAAAAUCAUCGCGGUAUCGAGCAUGCAACGAGACCCUGUCGUCAGCAAAGCAUCCGAGUUGCUCAGGCUGGGAUUGAUGCCGUCGCCUGCAGAAAUCAGAGCCGGAAAGGACUUGUUGUCUGUCGAUAUCCAAACUGUGGCCGCGAACACCAAGUAA